AUGGCGCAAUGGGAUCACAUUUCUGCUCCCAGCUGGGCACAGCGGGUGGUCCUGCUGUACCGCAGACACCACAGGGCGCAGGUGAUGCCCUCUGCCUGGGACAGGAAACGCUACAACUCAGAGCUGGACAAAGCAGCAGCUUUACUCCCCAGCCUCAUUUCUAGCGAAUACCUCGGGACCAGGUUUCAGGCAGUCUACGGAGUGCUGCUCUUUGCGGAUAUUUCAGGUGGGGUGAUCGGGAGGAGCAGCCAUGGACAUUUCACUUCUUUGGUGGAGAACUGUAUCUGGAAGAGUGGUUCAGAGAGAGGUACUGAUGAGCUGGUGGAAGCCCUCAAUCACUACCUGUGUGACAUUUUGGAGGACGUGCUGACUCUUGGAGGUGACAUCUUGAAGUUUGCUGGGGAUGCUGUGCUGCUGCUGUGGAGAACAAGACCCAGUGAGAUGGCCCAGACCAUCAGCCUUGUGGUGCACUGUAGCUGGCAGAUCCAGAAGUACCGGAGGCAUGACAUGCAUAUGGGUCAGAAAUUCCGACUGAAGAUAGGGAUCUCUGCAGGGGACAUGCACCACCUCAGUUUUGGAGAUGAGAGGCGGCAGUUCUUCUGUGUCAUUGGCAAGGCCCUGGAAGAUGUCUGUGAGGCUGGAGUACUUGCGGGUGCAGGUGAAAUUGUCCUCUCAGCCAGCUGCUGGGAGCUCUGUGAGAAGGACCGGUUCAGGACCAGACGUAUUGCAGGCAAAACGGCUGUGAAAGUUACAGGCAUGAAUCAGAUGUCUCAGUCAGAAUGCCAAGUUAUUUUAGACAAGCUCUUACAGAAGGAGAAGUGCCACACUGUGGAAAAUGAAUUUACAUACCCAACGCUGCUAUCAGGAAGCCAUCAUGGUCUUGUCUUCCAGUUUGAUGACAGGGUGCUGCAGGACGUCCUCUCUGAGCUACGGCCAGUCACCAGCCUCUUCCUCCGCCUGGAUUUUGAUGCAAAGAACGUAGUAUUUUUCCGCAGUGUCCUCAACAAAGUCAACAGCCUUAUACAGGAAAUCAUCUAUCCUCUCAAGGGCGAAGUGAACAAAGUCCUCCUGUUUGACAAAGGCUGCACAUUCCUCUGUGUGUUUGGGCUCCCUGGAGUAAAGGUGCUGCACGAGAGCAGUCACGCUUUGCAGAGUGCUAUUCAGAUCUUCAACUCGUGCUCCGAGAUCAUUGCGAAAAUAGGGACAGUGUCUGUGUCCGUUACCAGUGGGAUGACAUUCUGCGGCCUCAUUGGCCACCCUCUGAGGCACGAGUACACAGUCAUUGGCCAUAAGGUGAACUUGGCAGCCCGGAUGAUGAUAUGCUACUCUGGGCUGGUGACCUGUGAUACCAGGACCUAUGCCAGCUCUGGGCUGCCCCCUUGCUACUUCAAGGAGCUGCCGAAGAGAAAGAUGAAAGGCUUCAUACAUCCUACCACUGUCUAUCAAUAUGUGGGGAUCACCACAAAGAGCAUAUUUGGCAUGGCUCUUUCCAUGAAGAUGCCAGAGAAUACCUCCUUGCUGGGUCGAAAGAAGGAGAUUGACCUCUUUGUCAACUGCUUGGAAGCCUGCAACCGUUUUGGACAAAGACACAUGCUGGCAUUUGAGGGCACGAGGGGCUCUGGAAAGAGCCAAUUACUUAAUCACUUGGCCCAGUUAGGCCAGUCUGCUGGGUACAGGGUAUUUGGCAUGGAACUGCUAGAGGUCAACGUGAGGCAGUCCUUCUCUGCCGUGCGUAUUCUGAUGGCCAGGGGGCUAGGCCUCCAGGAGUGCGAAUCGUGCAGUGCCAGGGAGCACGUGCUAAAGACAUAUCUCCAAGGGAUUAUUGAAGAGAGCAACUACUGCCUCCUCAAUGACAUUUUCCUUGUCAAGAUCAUUGAUAGAAAUGCCAUAUUUAUCAUCGACAAUGCCCAUUUCAUUGACCCUGCCUCCUGGAGUAUUAUGGCACCCCUGCUCUGGAACAUCUCCGUCUUCAUGGUCAUGAGCUUAUGCCCAGGCUUUGCAAGAACUGAGAGCUUUCACAAAGCCAUAACAGACAACCUGAUGUCCCAUAAAAUCACCUGCCUUCAUCUAGAGAAGCUGAAACCUUCAUCUGUGGCGCAGAAGCUCUGCCAGGACCUUGGAGUGGUCAGCAUCCCCAGGGCUUUAGUGAGGUUCCUGGUCCAAAGAAGCCUGGGAAUCCCAUAUGUUGUUGAGGAGCUGGUGCACUUCCUUUGUUGCAACAAGAUGCUCUUGUUCCGCACUGAGAGGAGGGGUGAAGAAGCAGAAGACAACUGGGAGAACCUGAACACUUUUGCAGUCCAGGCGUCAGCCAUCACAACAAGCUCAAGGUCCAGCCUAGGGUCUGCGGCCAUGAUCUGCAUCUUAAGGCCAGGCGUGAACCUGGACAGCAUCGCGCUGCCCCGUAACCUGAAAGAGAUUGCGCUGGCUCAGCUGGAUGAGAUCAAGUCACUGGAGCAGAUCGUUUUGAAGUUUGCAGCUGUCAUCGGACUGGUGUUCACCACCCAGAUGCUGUCAUACAUUCUUCCCACUAACAUAAAGCACAAGAUGACUGUCUUGUUGGACAGCUUAGUGAGUAACAACAUCCUCAAGUGGAUGGAGAGCACCGAGGAGCCAGAAGAUGUCCAAGAUCCUAGCAAGGAGCCAGCCACCUCUGCGCAGGGAGAGAUUGGUGUGGAGACCUCCACCCCACGCAAGCAGAGCGUGGGGUGUCAAUUUGGUGUACUGAUGUUCCGUAAGCCACUGCUGCAGCAGGCUGCCUACGAGCUGUGGGUCCAGAAACAUCGGUUCGCCCUGCACUGCAAGUGUGCUGCCUUCCUGGAGCGGCAUGCACACAAAUGCCAGAGAUGUGGCCAAGGGGACUUCAUUGUCUUCCACCGCUUCGCUGUUGCCAGUACCCAGGACAAAAGGAGCUGUGAGGACCUUGAUGAUGGGGAUGACCCACACUCCUGGAAGGCCUUGGUGCUGGCUGGAGAACAGAUGAAGAGGGAGAGGAUCUGUGCCACUGCAGAUAUUACAGAUACUCAGGAGGAGCAGAAGCAGAAGAAAGCUUUUGUGGAAGAGAAUUUUGGGCAGUUUUUGGCAAGGAACAAACAGACAACUGAGCUGUCCAGCAAGACUGACAGGGAGGACAACAGUGCAUGCUCGUGUGACUGCAAAGGCAUUGUGGAGUCAGUGCUUCUGCCUUUGGUUCAUCACUACGUGAUACUGGGUAAUGUGGCCAAAGCCUUUUACUACCUUCUGGAGUCUGCAGCUGCCUACCUGCAUGUCUGCAACUGCUACAUGGCCCUCAGGAAACUGAGUGAAGCGGAGGUCCUGAGGAACUCUCUAAAGAAUAAAGCAAAUGUGAUAUCCCGCUUUGAAGAUGCCACCUUCUUCAGCCUCAAAGGGGAGGUCUGCUGUUGUAUGGGACGCAUGGAGCUGGCAAAGAAAAUGACCAGAAAGGCUUUGAGCCUGCUGGGAAGGCCAUUUCCCCGGACCUGCGCUGAAGACCUUGUCAGGUCUCAGGUGGAAAAGUUGCAGUGUGCCUUUUAUGUUGCCAGAAGAGCAUCCUCCCUUCCUCAGGAGGCCCAGAAGAAGAAGGUCGCCUGGCUGCUGCGGCAGAGCUGCUGCCUUUCCUUACUGGAGCACCUCUUCAGCCUGGAGGGCACUUCUGUUGGAUGGAGGCUGUCCCGCCUGGCAGUGCGCAUGAAGGCCAACACAGACAGGGCAGUGGACUUCUAUCAAUCAGUCAGCCUGCAGGAGCUAUGA